AUGGCGGAACUAGAGAUCAUUGAUGCCGAGAUUGUCCCACAGGCUGGUCGCGAGUCAUCGCUCUCUUCCAACGUUUCCGACGUAAAGCAUCAACAUGUCGCGGAAGACCUUACUGCAAGUCUAAGUUCGCUCAGCCCAGUCUACACACAAGAGGAGCGAGAAGCAGCAUUGCGACUACUUGUACCAUCUGCUCACGAUGUGGUUCUGGGCGCUGGGUGGACCGACGUCGAAAGCGACCGAGACAAUAUCGAAGCUUCUCGACGAGAAUCCUACUCUUCAGCCUCGUCAUCCGCCUCAAGUCCUUCUACUCCACCGUCGUGCUCACCCCUCUCUCAAUCCACUCUCUACACAUCUUCCGACAAACGCUCCGACCUCACAGAUGCACUUCUGGUGCGAUCCUGCUCUCAAGGCUGGUCACUCUCCUUUGAGCUCACCCCUCACCAGCCCAUCCCAUUUCCCCUCAAUCCGGAUGAAAUCCUGAUCCGAAACGAUGCGGUCGGUUUGAAUCCGGUAGACUGGAAAUCCGUCUCGUUCAACUUUGGCAUUCCGGCCUUCCCUUGGAUCCUAGGUCGCGAUAUUGCCGGAACCAUCGUUCAGCCUCCUGCUUUGAACGAAGAAGGUUGGAAGGCGGGAGAUAGGGUGUGGACGUGUGCUGAUUCAAGGGAGAUGCGAGCGGGAGGAUACCAAAGGUUUUCGGUGCAUAAGAAGGUGACUUUGGCAAAGGUUCCGAGCGAGAUGGAGGAUACGGACGCUGCUACGCUGGGCACAGGAUUGAUCACCGCUGCGGUGGCGCUGUUCGCCUUUUUCAAGUUGCCCUUUGCGCCGUUGCAGGAGGUGGAAGGAUUAUCGCAACAGCUUGGCAAGGUUAGCAUCGAUGGAGAGAAGGAUGAGACCGAAUGGAUCCUCAUCUACGGUGGAGGCGCGGUCACCGGCAUUUACGCAGCGCAGCUCGCCUCGAUCUCGAAUCUCCGCAUCAUCGCCAUCGCCUCACCAUCGAAUUUCGACUAUCUUUCCUCGAUUGGCGUCACAGCCUGUGUCGACCGACAUCAGCCUCGCACCUCGAUCCUCGACUCGAUCACUCGCAUUCUCUCAGAACACGGUGGGCGAUUGAGGUAUGCUAUGGACUGCGUCUCUUCGAGCACCGCCGACCUCUGUCUAGACGUACUUCAAACAGAUGCUCUCGCUGGCAAGGAGCUCAUCUGCCUCGCUGGUAAUCCUAAAGCGGACGCGGGCGCGGUAAAGGUGCACAAGAUCUCGUUUUCCACUACGUUUUACCAUCCCGACGGCGAAUUUGCACGCAACGUGCUGGCGUACGUGACAGGUCUUUUGCAGCAGGCAAGGUUGAAGCCUUGUAGACCCGAGGUGCUGCCUGAUGGCUUGGCUGGCAUUCGCUCCGGAUUGGAAUUGCUCAGGCAAGGCAAGGCGCCUCGCGCCAAGAAGCUCGUUGUUCGCGUACGAGAUACGCCCGCUGCUGACGUGACGCACCUGGGCGUGCGCACCGAGCUCGGCUGGAACGGCGUCGUUUGA